GUUUUAUGCCCCGACCGUAUAGAAGUUAUGCUCCCAGCACCGGAUAAUCCCGGUUCAUGAAAAAAAAUGUGUUGUUGGGUACGUCAGGUUCGGGAGACGGAGGUUUCUGAAAUCAGAGAUCGGAACCCUAAAGGAAGAAACUCCGGACGAUUCACUGUCCUCCUAAUCUAAAUCGAAUCUCUCAAAGUUGAUAUCUGGAGUCACAUGAGUGGCAGCAGACAGAGGACCCUUGGGGGUGGGGGUCAGCAAAUAUUGGACUACCUGAAGCGAAUGCACGCAGAGAAUCCUGCUUUCUUCUAUGCAGUUCAAGGUGAUAAUGAUCACAGUGGCGGAAAUAUAUUCUGGGUGGAUGCAACAUCCAGAAUGAACUAUUCUUACUUUGGAGAUGCUGUCAUAUUUGACACGACAUCGAGGACGAAUCGGUAUAGGGUACCAUUUGCCUCAUUCACAGGGUUUAAUCAUCAUGGGCAGCCAGUGUUGUUUGGUUGUGCAUUAAUUCUCAAUGACUCUGAGUCCUCCUUCAUAUGGCUUUUUGAAACAUGGCUUAAUGCAAUGUCUGGACGCCGCCCUGUCUCUAUAACAAGCGACCCAGACCAGCUCAUACAAGUUGCUGUUGCACAAGUUCUUCCUGAAACACGUCAUCGAUUCUGUAAGUUGGCCAUGUUCAGAGAAACACAAGAGAAACUGUCUCAUCUAUAUCAGUCACAUCCUAUUUUUGAAACAGAAUUCAGGAAGUGCAUAGAUGAGUCUGAAACAAUUGAUGAGUUUGAGUCAUGCUGGCAAUCACUUCUGGAGAGAUACUAUGUCAUGGGUAAUGAAUGGCUUCAAACAAUGCACAAUGCUCGGCAACAGUGGGUUCCAGUUUUCAUGCGAGACACUUUCUUUGGAGAGGUAUCUAGAACUGAAGGUGUAAAUUCAUUCUUCGAUGGGUUUGUGAAUGCAUUUACGACCAUGCAAAUGUUGAUUAAGCAGUAUGAGAAAGCUAUAGCAAGUUGGCACGAUUUGGAAUUAAAGGCAGAUUACGAAACUACCAACACUACCCCAGUUCUGAAGACGCCAUCUCCAAUGGAAAAACAAGCUGCGAAUCUUUACACGAGGAGGAUAUUCAUGAAAUUCCAAGAGGAACUAGUGGAGACCCUUGCUAAUCCUGCAACAAAAAUUGAUGACUCUGGAACCAUCACCACAUAUCGAGUGGCCAAAUUUGGGGAAGACCACAAAGCACACACUGUGACUUUCAAUACUUUUGAGAUGAAAGUUAGUUGCAGCUGCCAAAUGUUUGAGUAUUCAGGAAUUGUUUGUAGGCAUAUAUUAGCAGUUUUUAGAGCGAAAAAUCUUCUUACUCUUCCAUCUCAGUAUAUAUUGAAACGAUGGACAAGGAAUGCCAAGAGUGGAGCUGUGUUGGAUGAACAUGCUUCCGAGAUGACAAACAGUUCUCGAGAAUCUUUAACAGUGCGUUAUAACAAUUUACGUCAGGAAGCAAUCAAAUAUGUAGAAGAAGGGGCAAAAUCUAUUCACAUUUAUAAUGUGGCAAUGGAUGCUUUAAAAGAUGCUGCUAAGAAGAUUGCUGUUGUGAAGAAUCAAGGUCCAGUACCUGCAAAGAGUGGUACUUUGGUGAAUGGAGGUGGGCAAGAGUUGCAUCCAAAUGAAGAAAAUCAAGCAGCAACAUAUCAAUCGUCGGAUGAGAAGGAAAGGAAAAUCCGUGAAUUGACUGCUGAGUUGGAGAGCACAAAUCAACGAUGUGAAGUGUAUAGAGCAAACCUGCUGGCUGUUCUGAAAGAUAUGGAAGAACAGAAGUUAAAGCUGUCAGUGAAGGUUCAAAAUGCUAGGCUUAGUUUGAAGGAGUGAACAGUAGAUGCAGGCCAAAUAUCAUGUUUCUUGUAUAUCUUUCACAGGGUAGUAGCUUUUUUCAUUGAGCAUGCUAAGGGCAUCAUACAGGUGAGCAUUGUUUGAUAUGUAACCUAUGCAGUUUAGAACGGAUGAGAAAGAUGCCAGAUCCACUUGUGCAACUAUCUUGCUGGGUGAACCAUCUGUUUGAUGAGAAUACCUGGAGGUCGAUACCCGGAUCAAUUUAAAAUGCAUUCUUAGUUAUGUUUUAGGAGUAAUAUCAUUUUGUAAACUGUUAUAUAACUACCAUACAACUGAGAUGACGAAGCAAUGAAAAUCAAACUUUGUUUUUUAACU